GGAUCGGGUCGGGGCGGCCGUGACGGUGAGGGGAGCCGCGGUGGGUGGAAGGAAAGGCUGCCAGUGUCGAAAGGCCUGUGCUCUGCUAUGUUGACACUUUAAAUGCCAGAUCAAGACCUAUUUAUAUGCAUUUCAACAGUUUGCUCUCUCCUAUUCUUCUGCUCUUUCAUUGAUCCUGUUUGCUGUGGUUCCUUUGAUUUGCUGAGUGACCCUGCAGGAAAUUGAAGCUCAGGGCGGUAGCAACAAUAAUGACUGGGAGACCUCAUGGAACAGCCAAGCGGAGGGGCGCAGCACCCAAGCGAAGAUCACCACUGAGAUUAUCACCGGCAAGGUCUCCACAAAGGUCGCCGAGGUCUCCGAGAAGGUCAGAACAAGUGAGAUCCCGUGGGAGACCGUCCAUUAGAACCCUACCAAGGCCACGACCAGCUUCCACACGCCGGAGGUUCCGCCCGGGCACCAAGGCCUUGAAGGAAAUACGCCAAUAUCAGAAGUCGACAAGUUUGUUGAUGAACAAGCUGCCAUUUAGCAGAGUGGUUCGUGAGGUGGCUUCUCGGUUUACAAGAGGUGCCGAUUUCAGAUGGCAAGCAAACGCUUUGUUGGCACUGCAGGAGGCAGCGGAGGCGUUUCUGGUGCUGCUCCUGGAGGAUGCCUACCUCUGCACCUUGCAUGCCAAGCGAAUUACCCUGUUCCCCAAGGACAUACAGCUGGCCCGGAAGAUAAGGGGAAUCCAGGCGGGUUUGGGUUAACACAGCAGAACCCAGCAUUUUGGCCAGUUCUUUCCCUCCCUCCUUUGUGCACCUGUGCCAAGAAAACUUCUCUCACUUCUAAUAAGGAGACAGGACUUCUUACCAGAAGCAGUGGGUUACAUGAACUGUGUUCUGCCACUUUGUUCCUGGGUGACUCUCUGACUAUACAGCAUUGUGGCAUGCUCAUUUUAAGUAGAUGCUCAGAUAUUUUAAGCCAGCUUUUAAACUUUAAUUCUGCUGCAAUGUUCUUCUAAUUGGUUGAUGUCAGCAGCUGAUGACACAGUGCUGCCUUCAAUGUGUCUACUAAUAUGCCAACUGGCUAGCAUUUCUUCGCCUCCUGCUCUCUGAAAGCGAGCCAACCUUACUGGAUUGAGAUGUGUUUGUGGAGUAUAUUGAUCAGGCUGUGCUUGUGAUUGGGCUUGUGUAUCUCAAUUCCCACACUUGUAUCUCAAUCUCAUCCUCUCCCGAGCACAAACUUCACCGAGGUAAAUUAUCACACACUUGAUUAAUAUGAAACUGUGGGCUGUUGGCAGAUAUGAAAGUGAAAGCAUGGAGUAUUUGGUAAAUCUAAAAGUGAUCAAUGGGGUGUGGGGAGCCUUUAACGAGCAGGCAAGUAGAUUAAUACUACCUUUUCUCAUCGUACCCCAAAGAAUGAAUACACCUUGCAGAAGAGGGGGAGCAAAAUAACUCGGCCCCUAUCUUGUCACUCCUCCAGUGAAGCUUCUGCACUUGUGCUGAGGAUGAUUUUAUCUAAUCUUUAUCAUGAACCAAAGGGGCAAAUCAGUAUUUGAUAAAGUUAAUGCUGACUGCUCUUGUUAUUAGUAGAUCAAGCCAACAAGAGACUGACCAUAGGGAGAUCCUAGCCAAUGAAAGUAUUGUGUUUGCACUCCCUAAAUUUUUUCUCAAGCUUUAAGAGCUGGUUUUAAUUAUUUUUCCUUUACUUUUGGUAUGUAAUGGAUCUUACUCAAUUUUUUAAACAAAUAUACAUUUAUGGUGGAUAAGUUUCCAUACAUUUGCAGGCAGAAGGAUAGUCCCAUUGGUAGUGUGGGGACUUGACUGAUCUUCCCUACCAUGACACCUUCAUGGUGGGACCAGAGUAGUUGAAGGUUGAGAAUUUGUUCCAACCCCAACGUGUGCUCCCCUGACGUUGUACAGCCCUAUACAUUUCUUGGGGGCCUCCUCUAGUUAUUAUUGCCUGGUGACUUAAAUAUUUUAGAAAUACAGGGGAGAUUUGGAUAGACAGUGAAAUAUUAAUAAUUUUGUAGGCUUUAUUUUAAAGAUUUAUUCAUGGGGAAACUCUUUCUGACUGAGUUAUUCUCCUCUGAAGUAGCUUUUCAGCUAACAUAUCAUGAAAAUAAAAUGUUCCAAGCUAAGUGAUUUUAAAUAUUUGUUUCCUUGUAGUAAUUGUUUUAAAUCGCUCAAUUAAUCCUUUUAAAAUUUCAACUAUUUUUACAAACAUUUCCUAUUGGCUUUUCUAAACCAUCUCAUAAGAAACCUUCCUCUAAUCUUCCUCUAGAUCUGCCAUAUUUUCAACCAACCAGAAAUUGGUUUGUUCUAAAUUUUGACUCAAACUCUGCUGCCUUACAACUCUGUGAAUGGUAUAGUAGAUUGCACUUGUUACAUAAGUCAGGGCUUGUUACAUGCCAGAUGCUGAGGUGGAGAAGGUUGCUUUUAAUUUCUAAUUAUCCUUCCCACUUCAGGGCUGGUUUCUCUCUGUGUACCACCUCAUUCAAUGUGUGUGCAAGGGAAAGGAUGAGGGGGAGAGCUAUGGACUUUUACCUGUUUGUAUUUUUAAAAAUUGUAGUCCAUUUAAAACAGUCAUUACUGAAUAUAUAUUUUCCUUUCUUGUGUAUCCGUGGCCUAUUGCCAGAUCUGAAGCACUAUUGCUUAAUAGUCAUACAUAAAUUAUGCAAAGCUCCAAACUUUCUAAGGUGUAGACCUUCUGGUCCAUCAUGCAUGUGCUGGUUCUUUGAAAGAGAUUAGCAUCAGUACCCUGCCUUUUGCCUGUAAACAUAUCUGUCGAGCAUGAGUCUUUUAUAUAUCACCGUGGGUACACAGGUCUCAUUUAAUGGUGCUCCAGUUGUACCACUGGAAAAUAUGAAGCAAGGUCAAACUUAUUGGCUGGGUCAGGAAGGUACGAAGACCAGCUCGAAGUUCAGAAGGGUAUCUGUCCAUGUGUUACUACUUACUGCCCGUUACGCCACUGCCGUUAAGGGCAGCAAUGAAGGUCCCUCCAUCUCUGUCUGUCCUUGGCCGCUCAGAUGUAGAAGGCUUCUUUGUUGCUGUUCCCGCAAAAAAUUUGUUUGACUAGUCACAGUUGUUAGCCCUGAGCUGAACUCCUGAACCUGGAGGACUGGUGGACCACUCCUAGUCUGGCUCUACCCUUUGACCUGUUUGGCAUGGGUGACCCUACAAAAAGCCAAAGCAUAAAGCCCUGAUUCCAGCCAGCAUUGCUCUCCGGGUCAUUGAAAUGUGCAAGCCUCCAAACCGUCAUGGCUGAUGUCUUACUUGUAUAAAGCACAGGUAUUGUAGCAAAAGCUGAGAUCAUGACUUUUCCUAGUCACUAGUCCUAGUUAGGGACCCUGCCAUGUAUAAGAGAAAUCAAAUGCUGUGAGCAUGUUUCCGAGAUCUGGGGUGGUAAAUAGUGUUUGAACAAAACUGUUGAUAAUUAAGACACUGGAAAAAUGUGGUUGAAUUUUCCUGCUACCAAAUGCAGUGAAAUAAAGGUUUGAGUAUUG